UGGACGAGAUCAAGUGGGUGACCACCCUAAGCAAGAGCGACUGAUCGACGCGACGAGGAGGCUUCGAUUGUCUCCUUCUCUUACUUGGAAGCAUUGCAUUGGCGAUUCUUUCUUUUGUCCUUGCGUGGCGUGCAUUGGAGUAUAAAACAAUAGUCCCAGAGUGUGGCAUGCAAAUUAACCUCCUAAUUUUCUCUCGAGCCGUCGAGCAGGUAGCGAGUUCAGGUAAAGACGUUACGUCGAUCCCUGCGUAGAGACGCCAGGAUGAAGGACUUGGUCGGGCUGGGGCACUUGUUCGUGGCGGCGUUCCUGUUCCACUUCGCCUCCUACAUGGUCCUUCCGGCGAUCACCGACGUGACGAUGGACGCCGUCUGCCCCGGCCACGACGAGUGCUCCGUCGCCAUCUACCUCAGCGGCUUCCAGAGCGCCAUCACAGGGCUGGGGGCUCUCGUGGUGACCCCCAUCGUGGGGAAUUUGUCGGACAAGUACGGCCGGAAGGCUCUGUUGACGCUGCCGGUGACCGUGUCCAUCCUGCCGUUGUUUAUACUGGCCUGCAACCGCUCAAAAGUGUACUUCUACGUGUACUACGUGGUUAAGGUCGUCGCCGGCAUCUUCUGCGAGGGCAGCAUGCAUUGCCUCUUGCUCGCCUACGUGGCCGAUCAAGUCGGCGCCAGGCGGCGAGCGGUGGCGUUCGGGCUCCUCUCCGGCGUAUCGGCAGCGGGGUUCGUGUCGGGAACCCUCACCGCGCGCUUCCUCCCGACUUCAUCCACCUUCCAGGUGGCGGCAGCCGUCGCCGCGGCCACGGCCAUCUACCUGAGGGCCUUCGUCCCAGAUUCCGGCGCCAACUCCUUCGUUGACGAAGCCUGUGAUCCCUUCCUACAAGACUCAUCCUGCUCUGCCGCCACUCCGUCUUCCUCCUCCUCCUCCUCCUCCUCCUCCGAUGAGGAGCUAUCUCCGAGACUGCCGCCGCGCAAAGGUGGGCUGCCGUCGUUGUCGGACAUGGUUGCGCUUCUCACUGGCAGUUUGACCUUGUCAGGGGCAGCAAUUGUCACUUUCUUUUACAGUCUCGGCGAAUAUGGGCUUCAGACUGCAUUACUGUACUACCUGAAAGCACGAUUUGGUUACAGCAAGGAUGAGUUUGCUAAUCUUAUGCUUAUUGCUGGUGCUGCAGGAAUGCUGUCUCAGCUGACUGUCAUGCCUGUCUUGGCUCGAUUUGUUGGCGAGGAUAUACUGCUUAUCAUAGGACUGCUAGGAGGUUGCGCUCAUGUUUUCCUGUAUGGCAUUGCAUGGUCAUAUUGGGUACCAUAUUUAUCAGCGGCAUUUAUAAUUUUGAGUGCUUUUGUUCACCCUUCUAUAAGGACCAAUGUAUCCAAGAGUGUUGGAUCAAAUGAGCAGGGAAUUGCUCAAGGCUGUAUAUCUGGCAUAAGCUCGUUUGCCAGCAUAUUAGGCCCGCUAAUUUUUACUCCUCUAACAGCAUGGGUCCUUUCGGAAACAGCGCCAUUCAACUUCAAAGGUUUCAGCAUCAUGUGCGCUGGCUUUUGUACGCUCAUUGCCUUCGUUAUCAGCAUGAGGAUGCGUGCAGGGCAAUCUGGUGCAAGAGAUAAGGUUGCCGUUGAGCCGCAUGAGCAAGCUUGACGAAUAUGCUAUAUGCAAAACUGUACAUUCUAACAUUGGCCACGGGAAACCUACCAGCGUCUGCUAUCCUGAUGAAUAUGCCAUUCCUCCGCACAUCUCCAUCAGGGAAAGAAAAGCAAUGCUUCAGAUAGCGAAUUGACGACUGCCAUCUCAUCGAAGCAAAGCCCACCUUGUUGUAAUAUAUCACUUGAAUUGCUGGCCAGGGCUACAUAUUUCGGCCGUAGCUUCAGAGAGAGCAUGAUAGCGCAAUACUACAGAUUUUGAAUAGCAAUUUAAAGUUCCUAGAAUCAGCAG